CCCCCCUCUCUUAAAUUUCUCGACAGAAUGACUGAUCAAAAAAACUACAUCCUGUGGUGUACAUAAAAUCGUACCACAAUUAUGUUUCGGAAAUAUCAUCAUAUGACCACUCUAGCUUUCUCAUUACCUGACAAAAUCAAUGAUUAAGAUUACCAAUGCGGAUGGAUCUUUCAUUGCUUACUCAUUGUGGGCACCCUUUUCUUCUUCACUCUAGCUCCUCUCUUUUUCCCUUAUUAAUUUCUUUCUCCCCCUAACCACAUUAUAUGAUUGUUUAUCUUCUUACUAUCUCAUUUGAGAGCUAGCUGUUAUAUCCAUUUCUUGCAUGCUUCUUCUUCUUCUUCCUUUUUUCUUUCAUCUCUAGGAAAAUGUGGAGCAAUGGAGAUCAUCAUCAUCAUCAUCAUUAUCAGCGUGAAGAUAUUAUCAGUUGGUUUGAUGAAAUUGCAGAGAAGGCAGAUGAAGUUCAGACUCAAACGCUUGCCCAAAUUCUUCAACUCAACUAUGGAGUUGAGUAUCUUAGGAAAUGGUUUGGAGACAACAUCAAUGAUGCUCAAAGCAUGGAUGCAAAUGCAUUGGAAUCCCUUUAUACAUCUUUGGUUCCUCUUGCUUCCCAUGCUGACUUAGACCCUUAUAUUCAAAGAAUUGCUGAUGGAGAUAAAGCUCCUUUACUCACUCAACAACCAAUCACUACUCUCUCUUUAAGCUCUGGAACGACUGAGGGAAGACAGAAGUACGUGCCUUUUACAAGCCACAGUGCCAAGACAACUUUACAAAUAUUCAAGUUGGCAGCUGCUUAUAGAUCAAGGAUAUAUCCUAUAAGGGAGAAAGGAAGAACUCUAGAGUUGAUUUACAGCAGUAAACAGUUCAAAACAAAGGGAGGAAUCACAGCAGGCACAGCAACAACACAUUACUAUGCAAGUGAAGAGUUCAAGAUGAAACAAGAACAAACCAAGUCAUUCACAUGCAGCCCUCAAGAAGUGAUUUCAAGUGGAGAUUACAUGCAAUCCACAUAUUGCCAUCUCCUUUUAGGCCUUUAUUUCUCCGAUGAGGUCGAAUUCAUAACCUCGACUUUCGCUUACAGCAUGGUGCAAGCAUUCAAGUCAUUUGAGGAGGUUUGGAGGGAAAUAUGUAAUGACUUAAGAGAAGGCAGUCUGAGCUCAAGAAUAACCAUAACAAAGGUUAGAAAUGCUGUCUUGGGCAUCAUUAAUUCGCCGAAAAGGCCUCAUCUUGCGUCAAAGAUUCAGUCUUUGAGUGAAGAUUUGGAGGAGAAAGAUUGGUUUUGCAUGAUCCCUAAGCUUUGGCCUAAUGCAAAGUAUCUUUAUUCCAUAAUGACUGGUUCAAUGCUACCAUAUUUGAAGAAACUGAGGCAUUAUGCUGGGGAUUUGCCACUGAUAAGUGCAGAUUAUGGGGCUUCAGAAAGCUGGAUUGGAGUCAACUUGGAUCCUUCUUCUCCUCCAGAAAAAGUUACAUUUGCAGUAGUACCAAACUUUUCAUAUUUUGAGUUCAUACCACUUCAUAGACAAAGGGUGGAUCCAGAUAUGAACAACAAUAAUAAUGAUGAUGACUUCAUAGAAGAUAAGCCUGUACCACUUUCUCAGGUCAAGGUGGGACAAGAAUAUGAGAUCGUCUUAACUACUUUCACAGAUCCUGAAAUUGGUGAUUGCCAUUUGAAUCAUGAAAACUUUUCUUGAAAAGGCUUUACAGGUAUAGGUUAGGAGAUGUGGUAGAAGUGGCUGGUUUUCAUGGGAAGAUCCCAAAACUAAACUUUGUAUGCAGGAGAAAACUAAUAUUAACAGUGAACAUUGACAAGAACACAGAAAAGGACCUCCAAAUAGUGGUGGAAAAGGGUUACCAAAUACUGAACAAAUCCAACAAAGCAGCUGAGAUAGUGGAUUUCACAAGCCAUGCAAACCUAGCCAAACAACCAGGCCAUUAUGUCAUCUAUUGGGAGCUUGAUCAUGGAGAAGAAGUGGAAGAAGAUGUACUAAAAGAAUGUUGCAAGGAAAUGGAUGCAUCUUUUGUUGAUCAUGGAUAUGUGGUGUCGAGAAAAACAAAUUCAAUUGGCCCUUUGGAAUUGUGCGUUGUUGAAAAGGGCACCUUCAAGAAGAUUUUGGAGCAUUUUAUAGGAAAUGGAGCAGCUUUGAGCCAAUUCAAGACUCCCAGGUGCACUACAAAUCAAGUGUUACUCAGGAUUCUGGAUGCCUGCACUGUCAAAAGGGUUUUCAGCACUGCAUAUGGAUCGUCAUAAUUGCUCAUGAAUUCUGAUCAGUUUUAUUGUUACUAUAUUAAUUACUAUUUGGGUAGCUGAAUAGGCAAGUGGUGGUGUCACAAAUUUAUUGAUGUGUUCGAUUAGUACUGAAGAGAAAUUGUAUUGCUUAGUGUUUCAAUAAGAAAUUCCCAUGCAUUACUGAAUUUCUGCAGCACACCUACUUAUACGUACACAUCUUCUUUUUAAUUUCUUAGUGCUUCAAUAUAA